AUGCGUGGAGAGUGGACUAGGUUGCAAGCCUUAUUUCUUCAUGAUUGUCAUUUUGUGUAUUAUAUUCAUUGCUUUGCUCAUCAACUCCGAUUAGCAUUGGUAGCGACAGCAAGAGAGGGUAUACCCGUUGCCCAAUUUUUUUCUUAUCUGGCUCUCACAGUUAAUCUAUGUGACUCUUCUUAUAAAAGGCAUGAUCAGUUGAAAGUUGCUCAAGUUAAAGAAAUUGUAGCAAAACUUGCCAUUGAGGAAAUUGAAACUAGUAAAGGCAACAAUCAAGUUGGGACAUUGAAACGAGUUGAAGAUACUCGAUGGGGCUCUCACUCGGGAUCUAUUUCCAAUUUGAUAAAUAUGUUUAGUGCAACUUGUUCAAUCUUAAGUAAUGUCAUCAAUGAUGGAACCACCUCUACUCAACGUGCAGAUGCAGAUGGAGUUUAUGAUAAGAUUACAUCUUUUGAGUUUGUGUUUAUCUUACAUCUUAUGAGAGAUAUUAUAGGGACAAUUGAUGAUCUUUGCCAAGCUUUGCAACGUAAAUCCCAUGAUAUAUUGAAUGCAAUACAUCUAGUGUCAACUACAAAAGCACUUACUCAAAAAUAUAGAAAAGAUGGAUGGAUUCUUUUGUUGGAGAAUGUUCAACUAUUUUGUGAAAAAUAUGACAUAGAUAAUCCUGAUAUGAGUGCUCGUUACACAUUUGGUAGAUGUUGUGCUUGUCACCAAAGAGAUCACAUUACUAUUGAGAAUCAUUUUCGGGUUGAUAUUUUUACGAUUAUAUGUGAUUCUCAAUUGCAAGAAUUGAACAAUAGAUUCAGAGAAGAUGUGAUGGAGUUGCUUAUUCUUAGCUUUGCUUUAGAUCCUAGGGAUGAUUACAGUUCGUUCAAAUUGAAGAUAUAUGCAAGCUUGAAAAUCAAUUUUGUCCUAAUGACUUUACAGAGAAAAAAAAAUACAUUUGAAAUUUCAAUUACAAAAUUACGAGAUUCUUAA